AUGUCGAAGUCAACAAAACGCAAACACGUGACCAGGGAACUUGAGGAGGAUUUAAGUGUGCCAUCGGAGACUCAAUCGAUAGUUCAACUGAUAGAAUCAAGAGGAAAUAACCUUCACGAAGCAAUGGAUGUAAACGGAGAACGAUUCCUUAUAUCUAUGCCACGAAAGUUUCGGAACAACAUAUGGGUUAAAAGAGGCGAUUUCGUUAUCAUCGAGCCAAUCACUGAGGGCGACAAAGUUAAAGGAGAGAUAGUUAAGAUUUUAAGAAGGGAGCACAUAAAGUAUUUGCAGUCGCAAAAUUGUUGGCCCCAGGAAUUUCAGCAGAAACGACACGAGAGCAAUGGCGAUGCGGAUAACGAAGAAGAAGACGAUCCAAAGGAUAAUGAGGAAAAGGAGGAAGAUGAUCUCUUCGUGAACACGAAUAGACGACCCUUAAAUCACGACACAACCGAAACUGAAAGCGAUUCAAGUACCGAAGCUUCUGACUCCGAUUAA